GUUUAGCGCUGUCUAAUCCACGUGGCUCUGGAGGCGCUAUAUUAGGUGCGCAGGAAGCCCUGCCGGGGAGAAGCCAAACUGGGGAGGAGGCAGCGGCCGGAGCAGCGGCUCGCCAAGGCUCUACCCGCUCCCACGCGGGAGCUGCCUGCUCCGUGGCCGGCCGGGCGGCGGCUGCUGCUGCCCAGUCCCGCUGCUUGGGAGAGACAAAGGGAGACGCGGAGGGAAGAGGCGGCGGCGGCGGCGCUGGGAUCCGCUGCGAGCGCCGAGGAGCCCCCCAGGACCUGUGAGUGGCCGGUCGCUCGCCCUGCCCCGGGAGGGGCCCCGUCCUCUGCUGGGAAUAACUGGUGACCUGAACUAACUGAGAAGAUAAACGACCUGACCAACCAGUGACCAGAUCCAGAAAUUCCUUUCUCAUCUAUUCAAAUAUACUGAUAUGCCUGUGCCUGCCAACUCCAUGAUUUGCGGCUGGAUGGCAAGUGACUCUCUGUGACUUAAAUGAGCAUCAAAGCACCUGUAUCACCUGGGACUGAGGCCACAGGAUGAUCUUAAUGCCACAUCAAUUAAAUAAUUUUAAGGAAAAAGCAAUCUUCUUUUAUCUAGCUCCUGUCAUUCAAGUCUUACUCCCAUGCAGGAAACCUAGUCGCAGACACUGAUAUUAAUUACCUCUCAAUCUUCCUGAAUGGGGAAAGGAAAUCAUCGUGAUCAGUUUUGAUUAAAUGCUCAGUGAGAGAAAUUAGCAGUUUCCAGGCGAGUUGAAGAGUGAGAUUUGGGAUCAUUUUUAAAAGGGGGAAAAAAAAGGACAAUCCAAUUUUUCUUCUUUAAAUCACCCAGGGUAAAAUGAAGGCUCUCCCCUUGCCAGUGAAGAUAACUGAAUUGCUUUGUUUGGCCUAAACACCUGAUCCUAAAAAACCCCCUGUGAACCUGCGACAACCUGCCUCUUUGCCUUACCACAGUCACUGAGUCACGGGCUGACAGCCUGACGAAGGAACCCCAAAGGAAAGAUGGUCGCCAUCAAGAAGAAAAAUCUGAAAAUGUUUACGCUUGCCUUAUUGUUUGUCAUCACGAUAACGUCGUUCUUGCUGAAUUACACUCACAAUUCGGUGCUGGUCACCUGGGAUCCCAAGCAGCUUGUCAUGCAGUUAAAAAAACUAAUGAAAUACCCCCAGAGACCAUGCAGUUGUAAUUCGUGUGUUCCCGAGCUGGGACUUUCCUUCUGGUUCGAUGAGAGGUUUAAUCAGACUAUUCAGCCUUUCCUCACCACUCGGAACACCUUCAUUCCAGAAGAGAGCUACAAGUGGUGGCUGCUGACUCAAUUCGAAUGUUAUUUGCUCUGGGACACAGACCGUGGCUACUUUUGCAGUAUUCGGUCAGUUGAAAUACAAGGAAGCAAUAAUAAAUUGCAAGGAGAGAGCAAUCCUAAAAAUAUCAACGAUACUAUCAAGGAAUUGUUUGAGAUCAUUCCCAGUGACGGGGAGCAGCUGCUGGAGAGAGACGCCUCCCGGUGCAGAAGGUGUGCCGUCGUGGGGAACUCAGGGAACCUUAGGCAAUCUCAAUACGGCCAAGAUAUCGAUGCCCACGACUUUGUGCUCAGAAUGAAUCGCGCUCCAACCGCCGGGUUUGAAUCGGACGUCGGAAGCAAAACUACUCACCACUUUGUUUACCCCGAGAGCUUCCGAGACCUGGCGGAAAAUGUCACCAUGAUUGUGAUCCCCUUCAAAACGCUGGACCUGCGCUGGAUCGUCAGCGCGCUCACCACGGGCACCAUAAACUUCACAUAUGCUCCAGUUCCCCGUAAAAUCAAAGUGAAAAGAGACAAGAUCCUGGUCUAUCACCCAGUUUUUAUCAAAUAUGUUUAUGACCACUGGCUGCAGCAUCAUGGAAGAUACCCCUCGACAGGCAUUCUGUCAGUGAUAUUUGCACUCCACCUGUGUGAUGAGGUGGAUGUGUACGGUUUUGGAGCAGACAGCAAUGGCAACUGGCAUCAUUACUGGGAAAACAACGCUGCCGGGGGGGCUUUUCGGCAAACCAUGGUCCAUGAUGGGGAUUUCGAGUCCAAUAUCACUUUGACUCUUGCCUCUAUUGACAAAAUACGUUUUUUCAAGGGCAGAUGACCCUUACCAUAGACAGUGAUUUGUGGCUGCAAUUUCCAGCAGGGGUCAGUUACUGACGUGUUUGAAGUGGCUUAUCGAAGAUGAUCUUGGGAGCUGACCAUAUUUGAAUAUCCGACUCUGCAGCUGAGGACGUGUGUGUCUCACUGCUGUGACGAUCAUUGAAUGAAAGUAGCAUGCAGUAUUGGUUCCAUACUGCACUUGAUUUCCUUAUUUGAGAAUUGAGACGUUGGGGACUUAAGGAUCAGUUAUGGGGAAUAAAUGAUGUGUGGAAUCACAGGGGAUGUAUGGAAUUGUUCAGUCUUGAAAUACUGGGAGAGAUGUGCCUCUUGCUGUUAGGGUAAACUAGGGGAUCAUUUUCUAGGAAUUACUGUAUGUGUAUGUGCUUUCCUUACAUAAGGCAGGAAUGCCCUGAAGAGGAGAGGUGAAAACAGCUUCCUGAAUGUCACACCAACAUGGCUGGCUGUGAACACUGUAGUAAGGAUUACCUCAAAAGAACACGUUCCCUUAUUCUGCUGUUGAUCUUUUCUUUAAACCAUCUCUUCUCUUCACUGUCUCAUUUUUGGUUCUGCAUUAUAUUAUGGACAAAGGUGAUGUACCUGACUCGCAAGGUGUAAUGGCUACUUUUGGCAAUGUAUCAAUCCACAUUGAGAAAUUCUGGAUCAAAUCCUUCAUCUCCAGUUAACUGCAUAUUUUAAUGUAGCAUCCUACACAGCCAUAAUGAGACGAAGAAAAACAAAAUAAGUUUGAUUGAAAAUGCCAGCAAAAAUUGGCCUUUUUAGCCACUGGUUUGUUUGAGUUUCUUUAAAUAUAAUUGUAUUUUAUUUUAUUUUUGAUAGAUACUCUGAAUGCUAAUUUUUGUUGAAUCCAUUCAAGGUAGAGCAGUGGACGUUUUUUUUCUUUCAGUGGUUUACAUGUGCCUUUUAUAUUUGUGCAACAGAUAUAAUUUUUUUUAAAGGCGAAAAUCCCUAAAUUAAAAUUUUUAUAGGAAAAAAAAUUAACCAAAGCUUAGUCUCUACAUGGUAUCAUUUUGUAUUCUAAACUAGUAAUGACAUCUCCUGUAUUCUACUUGACGAGGGGAAAAAACCAAGGGUAAUUUUUAAAGGUAACUUUUACCUUUUUUUUGUUUUUAAAAAAAAAAA